CGAGGGAGGCGGGGCGGACGUCGCGCGUGGAACGCCCGGGCGGAGACGCGGCGGCCGGGUCACGAGCGCUUGCGGGCGCCCGGCGGAGCUGCUGCGGAUCAGGACCCGAGCCGAUCCCCGAUCCCGACCCCGAUCCGGAUUCGCGCUCCCGCCCCCGCCCCGCCAUGUACGACGCCGAGCGCGGCUGGAGCUUGUCCUUCGCGGGCUGCGGCUUCCUGGGAUUCUAUCACGUCGGGGCGACCCGCUGCCUGAGCGAGCACGCCCCGCACCUCCUCCGCGACGCGCGCAUGUUGUUCGGCGCCUCGGCCGGGGCGUUGCACUGCGUCGGCGUCCUCUCCGGGAUCCCGCUGGAGCAGACUCUGCAGGUCCUCUCAGAUCUUGUCCGGAAGGCCAGGAGUCGGAACAUUGGUAUCUUCCAUCCAUCCUUCAACAUAGGCAAGUUCCUCCGACAGAAUCUCUACAAAUACCUCCCGGCCAAUGUCCACCAGCUCAUCUCUGGCAAAAUAUGCGUCUCACUCACCAGAGUGUCUGAUGGGGAAAACGUUCUGGUGUCUGACUUUCAGUCCAAAGACGAAGUCGUGGAUGCCUUGAUAUGUUCCUGCUUCAUCCCUUUCUACAGUGGCCUUAUCCCUCCUUCCUUCAGAGGCGUGCGGUAUGUGGAUGGAGGAGCGAGUGACAACGUACCCUUCAUUGAUGCCAAAACAACCAUCACCGUGUCGCCUUUCUAUGGGGAGUACGACAUCUGCCCUAAAGUCAAGUCCACGAACUUUCUUCAUGUGGACAUCACCAAGCUCAGCCUACGCCUCUGCACAGGGAACCUCUACCUUCUCUCAAGAGCGUUCGUCCCCCCGGAUCUCAAGGUGCUGGGAGAGAUAUGCCUUCGAGGAUAUUUGGAUGCGUUCAGGUUCUUGGAAGAGAAGGGCAUCUGCAACAGGCCCCAGCGGGGUCUGAAGUCAUCCUCAGAAGGGAUGGAUUCUGAGGUCGCUGCGCCCGGCUGGGAAAACACAAGUCUGGAUUCUUCCCCGGAGCCGGCUGCCUUGGCUAUGAGGCUGGACGGAGACGAGCUGCUAGACCACCUGCGUCUCAGCAUCCUGCCCUGGGAUGAGAGCAUCCUGGACACCCUCUCGCCCGAGCUCGCUACAGGUACCCCCUCCUCAGGCUGGGCACGGGCAGCACCUUGUUUGCUUUCUUGCGUGGUAUGGAGGAAGAUGGUACUGCCACAUGGGAGCGAUAGGGUGAGGCAACCGGGACAGGCUGUCGGGAACAUCUCCUUCCAUGUGUACAGCCUGGUCUGCUGCUGUCACUCCCAGCACAGCCCCCCAAUCCUGGCACCUUGCCAAGUCUCCCCAUGGGGUCAUGACCAGGAGGAAAACAAACUCCAGCUGAGCCCCUUGGGGUUCUCCAUACAGGCUCCUCCUGCAGCAGCUGGGCCCUCUCUACCCCUUCCCAACCCUGUCUCCCCAACAUGGCACCUGAGCUCCUGCCAACCUGGAUUUCAUGGGCCCCAAGGAUGGGGGUCCUGCCUCUGGGACUUGGCCCAUUACUUGGAGCUCCUUUCCGGUUGCCACCCUCCACCUGUCCAGCCAUCUCAAGGCUCCUUUCUUGAGGCUGCUCUUAAUUUCUCCCUUCCCCUAAACCCACAAUUUUGAACCUCCAUAGAAUGGUGCUGUAUUUUAUAAUGUCAUCAAAUAUUGAAUGGACAGACAGUGCUAUGGUCCAAAUGAUUGUGUCCCCCCCGGAAUUUAUCUAUUGAAAUCCUAACCCCCAAAAUGAUGGUCUUAAGAGGUGGGGCCUUUGGGAGGAGACUAGGUCCUGAGGAAAGGGCUGUCAUGAAUGGGAUUGGUGCCCUUAUUGAAGAGACCCAAGAGACGUCCCUGUCCCUUCUACCAUAUGAGGACACAGAAGGUGGUGUCUAUGAAGAAGCAGGCCCUCACCAGACACCAACACGUCUGCUGCCCCUUGAUCUGGGACCUCGCAGCCUCUAGAACUCUGAAAAAUCGAUGUUUGUUGUUUUAUAAGCCACUCAGUUGGCGGCGUUUUGUUAAAGUAGCCUGAACACGGACUAAGUAAGACAGAGGAACCCACAAACCAGCUAUGGAGUCAGGCAUUUGCAGAAAUUAAAAAAUGAGUCAGACAUAGCUCCUUGUUCUUGAGGUACCAACACCCUAGGAGAUGGGAGACAGCAGCUGCCCAGGUGCAUUAGGUUGUUCUCGCAUUACUGUAAAGAAAUCCCCGAGACUGGGUAACUCAUAAAGAAGGAGGUUGAAUUGGCUCACAGUUGCACAGGCUUGACAGAAAGCACGGUGCUGGCAUCUGCUCAGCUUCUGGGAAGGCCGCAGGAAACUUACAAUCAUGGCAGAAGGCGAAGG